UUCGCGACUCCAUAGCUAUCAUCGUCAUUGUUCACCUGGUGUAAGCCAACAAUUCACAAAAUAUCGAUCUCCAGCGAUUGUCCUUCAGCUAGAUGUUGUUUAUUGCCAGGAUUCUUGCGGGUUCUUUUAUUCUUCUCUGCACGUUUCUGGGGACUUUAUGAUGCACUACUGCCGGAUAUCAAGGUAUUUCGGUGCCAUCGUACCAGCUGUCUUCAAUGUUUUCUCCUCGGAAGGCUUCCUCGUUAUAAACUGCAUCAUUGGUGAACAAACGCUUGCAAGCCUGUCUUCUCGUUUUGAUGAUACCCUUGGUAUCAUAUCCCUUGUAGUAUGUCUGAAUUCCUCCCGCCGCACCAAAUGACAGAUUUCGAGGUGGAUACCGCGUUAUUCAUUGGUACGAAAGUGUCGCCUGGAUCCCGAAUGUAAUUGCAUUUAUCGCCAUGUUGGCUAUAGGUUAUCCACAACUACGCGAAAACCUAUCCGCUCAC